AUGCACGCCCGCUCCCCUUCCCCCACAAGCGCCGACCCUCGCAAACGCACCAAACAAACGCACCCGACAACGCGCCUCUGCCAGGACUGGAUGGUAGUCUCGGGCAACUGCCACUACGCGCGUGAUGCCGAGCACUUCACCACCUACCGCCCGGUGUCGGUGUCUUUGAAAAACAACCGGUUCAACCCGCACGAGGAGCUCCACGUCGCGGGCGUGGGGACCGUGCAGCUGACGACGUGUAGGAGCGCCAACGACCCGACGCCCCGGGUCAUUCGGCUCGACGAGGUCCUGCAUAUCCCGGACGCCGUGUGCAACGGAUUCAAUCCGUUGCUGGUGGGCAGUAGCAUGUCGUGCCAUGCGACGCAUUGGGAGGGUGCGGACCGCCAGGGCGAGCCGUUGUGGUUUGGCCUGCCGUAUGCGGGCGGCACGAGGGUGGCGUUGGCGGGUGAUCCGAGGGGCGAGUCGGAGUUGAUCGGGGGCAGGGAGUAUACUUUGAGUUUGCAUGUUAGUGGCGAGGAGAAGAUGGCUAUGGGAUUGGGGGUAUAG